GGCUCUGGCUAUGGACCCAACGGUCAUGUAAGCUCAAUCAUGACGCAGCGCCCAAGGCAGGAUGGAACCUCCCCAGCCAGACACUCCCAACGCCUCCUUCUACCAGCCUUCUGUGCUCCUCCUGAUGGGCAUCCCUGGGAUGGGCAGGAGCCACCAUAGACUCGUCUCCAUCCCCUUCUGCGUGCUGUACUUUGUGGCCCUCUCAGGGAACUGCAUCAUCCUGUUCAUCAUUGGCAGAACGACCAGUCUCCAUGAGCCCAUGUAUUACUUCCUCUCCAUGUUGGCCCUCAUGGAUCUGGGCCUGGUGCUGUGCACCCUCCCGACCACGCUAGGCAUCUUCUGGUUCGACGUCAGGGCGAUUGGCUUCGAUGCCUGCCUCACCCAGAUGUAUUUCAUCCACGUCGUCUCCAUGCUGGAGUCCUCAGUGCUCCUGGCCAUGGCCUUUGACCGCUUUGUGGCCAUCUCACGCCCCCUGAGGUACAAAGCCAUCUUGACCAAGCCCACCAUUGUCAAGAUAGGCCUGGCCAUGUUGGCGAGGGCGGCCGUCUCCCUCCUCCCGAUCCCUUUCCUGCUCAGGAGGCUGACGUACUGCAGCGACAACAGCCUCUCCCACUCCUUCUGCUUGCAUCCCGACAUCAUGAACCUGGCCUGCAAAGACGACAUCAGCGUCAACGUUCUGUACGGCUUGAUCGUCAUUCUUUCAACCGUUGGCAUAGAUUCACUCCUCAUUGUGCUGUCUUAUUUCCUGAUCAUCAGGACUGUCAUCAAGGUGGGUCCCAAGGGGAAAUGCCUGAAGGCUUUGAAUACCUGUGUCUCUCACAUCUGUGCGGUCCUCAUUUUUUUCAUCCCCAUGAUUGGCCUAUCCAUCAUCCAUCGAUUUGGCAACCAUGUGGACCCGCUUGUAAAAGCCAUGGUUGCCUACGUCUACCUGAUAGUGCCCCCCGCUUUGAACCCCAUCAUAUACAGUAUUAAAUCCAAGCAGAUCCGGAAAGCCAUCUGGAAGCUUUUGCUCUGGAAGACGGUCCCUCUUUGAAACGGAGUGGAGAGGUCAAGCAGUAACUGUUUCAGCCGUUGUGAAACUAGCCAUGCUGCGGUUCCCUGGACAGUUUUGUAUCCUGUGGAGCUGCCUGCACCCAUUUUGCAAAGGGAACCGGCACAAUGAUUGACAACUCCACCGAUUUGCAAAAAUGGCUGAAUGAAGCAAAUGGGAAGAUCAGAACGUGUCACUGUGAAGCUGGCGCCGUCUUCCACCUGAAGGGCUCUCACUGGGAAUAUGGAGCAAGCUUGUUUUCUGUUGCUUCAGAGUGGAGGACAAGA